AUGUCCACCGAAGCCGAUCCACAAACCGCAAACGAGAUAGACCAGCAACAGGCCGGAACCACCAAAGCUUCUGAAGAGCCGAAAACAUAUCGUGAGGUCGCUGCUGAACACAUCGACACCCUCAACGAGAUCAACCACCAAAUACCCAAAUUGCUCAAAUAUUUCGCAACCGCCCUUAGCCAGCUCACCAACGACCCCAUCCCCUUCCAACAUGACGCUAUGGAGUGUACCCCUGGCACCCUAGAAGCGCGUAAAGAAGCUUUCCGAAUCAACGCUCUCUUCGUCGGUGCGUCCUGCGAAGUAAUACGAACAGAGUUGGUGAAGCAAAUCAACGCUCUGGAGCGGUACAAAGUCAUCCCAAAAAGCCAUCCCAAGUUCACCGUCACGCAGAGACAAGGGCAGGGGCAGAAAGGCAAGGAAAGUGAGACGGAAGUUGUGGACCCGGAGAAAGAAGUCAAGAACGGAGGCUAUGGGGAAUUUGACGUUGGCGUGCUGAACGCAAGGGCGAGCUCGGGACAGGUUGGGACCGAAGAUGUUUUGGAUCGAGCCAAGGCCAUACUAGAGGAGCUACAGAAACGAACUGGCGGUGCGGUAGGUGGAGAAGAAUACAUGGAUGUCGAUGGGUGA